AUGUCAGACGACAACAAGCCCCAAGCCUUCAACCCGCCUACAGUGCGCGAACCAGCACCAUCCUAUAAGCAAGUCGCAAUAACCCCAAUCGUGCCAACAUCCAAAUUCAUCACUCUCGCUGGUCAGACAGGCGAUUACAAAGCCCCGUGGAUAGAGCAAGUCAAGGCAGCUUAUGAUAGUGUGCUUCGCUGCUUGGAAGCAACAGGUGCUACACCGAGAGACAUUAUCCAUGUACGGCACUAUAUUGUUAAUGACUCGGGCGAUGCGGAGUUGAACAAGGAAGAUAUCGUUGAGCGAGGUUGGGCGCCGCUGUGGAUCGAGUUUAUGGACAAGCAUGCAGACGGCCACAAGCCUCCGGAUACCGUAUUGGGUGUUGCCAGUCUGGCGCUGAAGGGGCUAUUAUACGAGGUAGAGGUUUGGGCGAUCGUACAUCAAUAG